AUGGUUGAGACUCGAUCGACAUUGGACGUACAUAAAGAGGCCCGCAACAUUAUUCUUGAAGCGAAUAAGAGCGGAAACAUGGAUGUGGUUAGGGUUCAGGCAAUCCCGCCUAAGACAUGGGGGGAAGUUUGCACGACCCUUGACUGUCAGAGACUACUUCAAUACAACAGGGUACUACUGACGACAUCGUUCAUCAAAGAGUUAGAGGCGGUGAUCGCGGCAAAGGAGAAGGCUGAACAGCCUGCCUUUACCCAUCGCAAGAUUCAGGAGGCUGUACCAGCGCAACCCGUACGACCACCAGUCCUCGAUCUGACAUCAGUACAGAAUCAACAACAAUCGAUGAACGCUCAGCCAGUGUUGGAAGAAGUGUACUAUUCCGACAGAAGCUCGGACGGGCAUAGACGAGACAGACGACAUACGCUGACGACUGACGAGUGGUCCCACAUAGAUUACAUGAUGGGCGACCCAGGGCAGAUGCUAAGUCAGUUAAAAGGUGUGCGGAUGUCGCCCGACAAAGCCUUUGAAGUACGCAACAAGAUAUUACGAAAGACACUGGUUGACCCAGAGAUUGACGACUCCGACAAGCUGAUUACUAGGAUCAACCAGUUGAUAGACCAAGGACUGAUAUCACAUGACUUAUCAGUAAACAUCUUAUUGAGUUGCAUAGCAUAUGGGAAAGAAGGUACCAUGCAUCGCAUAGAGACUGGGCAGAUUCUGAAACCGCUGGGGGUAUAUAAUGUGAGCUCGAGAAAGAGACCUGACGAACGUAAAGCGAAGCCUCAGGCUAAGCAGAACGCUGCCAACGCUAC